UCUCUUCCAGAUCCAGCGCUCCAGGAACAAGCAGAUGAAAGAAAUGUUUCCUGAAGGUUUCGGCAUCCACCACGCUGGCAUGCUGCGCUCUGACCGCAGCCUGAUGGAGAGCAUGUUCUCCAGAGGCCACCUCAAGGUCCUGGUCUGUACCGCCACCUUGGCCUGGGGAGUGAACCUGCCGGCUCACGCUGUCAUCAUCAAGGGCACCCAAAUUUACGAUGCCAAGCGCGGCGCCGUGGUGGAUCUGGGCAUCCUGGACGUCAUGCAGAUUUUUGGAAGAGCAGGUCGUCCGCAGUUCGAUAAGUAUGGCGAGGGAACCAUCAUCACCACCCACGACAAGCUGAGCCAUUACCUGACCCUGCUCACCCAGCAGAACGCCAUAGAGAGCCGGUUCCUGGACAGCCUGGCCGAUAACCUCAACGCUGAGAUUGCUCUGGGAACCGUCACCAACGUGGAGGAAGCUGUGAAGUGGCUCAGCUACACCUACCUUUAUGUUCGCAUGAGGGCCAACCCGCUGGCGUACGGCAUCAACCACAAAGCCUCUCAGAUGGAUCCAGCUCUGGAGCUGUACAGGAAGGAUCUGGUGGUGGAGUCGGGCAGGAAGCUGGACAAGGCCAGGAUGAUCCGCUUCGACGAGCGCACCGGAUACUUCGCCUCCACAGACCUGGGCAGGACGGCGAGCCACUUCUACAUCAAAUACAACACCAUCGAGACGUUCAAUGAACAUUUCAACCCUCAGGGAACAGAAGCCGACAUCCUCAGCAUCGUCUCCAAAGCUGAGGAGUUUGAACAACUCAAGAACGCCGCUCGGAUCGUGAGGGCCUUGUUUGAGAUCGCUUUGAGGAAGCGCUGGCCGCUCAUGACCCGUCGACUGCUCACCCUGUGCAAGGUGAUCGACAAGCGGCUGUGGGACUUCGCCCACCCCCUCCGACAGUUCCCCAACCUGAGCCCCGUCGUGCUGAGGCGCUUGGAGGAGAAGAAGCUGACUGUGGACAAACUGAAGGAGAUGAGGAAGGACGACAUUGGUGAGUGCAGAGGCCUUUCACAGCACUGCUGUGCAACACUGGCAUCACUGCUGUGCAUCCGUGUGUCUGAUGGGAUCAUGUUGUUUUUAUUAACUGCAGCUUUAAAGAAAAGUGUUUUGAAUUGUAAUCUAACGCUGUUCUUUGUGUUUCAGGUCCAUGGAUCGGUGGGUGAGCCCUGGUGGCUGUGGGUGGAAGAUGCCAUGAAUGAUCACAUCUACCACUCUGAGUAUUUCCUCCUGCAGAAGAAACAGGUGGUGUCGGGAGAGCCGCAGCACAUCGUCUUCACCAUUCCCAUCUUUGAGCCGCUGCCCUCGCAGUACUACAUCAGGGCCGUCUCUGACCGAUGGCUCGGUGCUGAAGCUGUCUGCAUUAUCAACUUCCAGGACCUGAUCUUACCAGAGCGACACCUGCCAGCCUGUCCCCAUGUCCUGGUCACCUCCCAGUUCGUCCUACCCAGAAAACCUCCAAAGGGACGUGUCAAGGAAACAUCCCUGAACCGCACGCAGGCGCUCUACUCCGAGCUCAUCGCCCUGUCUGUCGUGUAUAUUGCCCCUCUGAAGGCCCUGGUGAGGGAGCGCAUUGAGGACUGGAAGGUCAGGAUUGAAGAGAAACUUGGAAAAAACGUGGUGGAGCUGACCGGGGACGUGACUCCAGACAUGAGAGCCAUAGCAAAAGCUGACCUGAUCGUCACCACGCCCGAAAAGUGGGAUGGAGUCAGCAGGAGUUGGCAGAAUCGAAGCUACGUCCAGAAAGUAGCCAUUCUCAUUAUCGAUGAGAUCCACCUGCUGGGUGAGGACAGAGGUCCGGUCCUCGAGGUCAUUGUGUCCAGGACCAACUUCAUCUCCUCUCACACUUCCAAGAGUGUUCGAGUAGUUGGGCUGUCCACGGCUCUGGCCAACGCUCGAGACCUGGCUGACUGGUUGGGCAUCGGACAGGUGGGUUUGUUUAACUUCCGUCCGUCUGUGCGCCCGGUCCCGCUUGAAGUUCACAUCCACGGUUUUCCAGGACAGCACUACUGCCCCCGCAUGGCCAGCAUGAACAAGCCCACCUUCCAAGCGAUACGCGCUCACUCUCCAGCCAAGCCGGUGCUCAUUUUUGUGUCAUCACGAAGGCAAACUCGCCUGACCGCCCUGGACCUCAUCGCCUACCUGGCUACAGAGGACAACCCCAAACAGUGGCUGCACCAGGAUGAGAGAGAGAUAGAGGACAUCAUUGGCACCGUUCGAGAUUCCAACCUGAAGCUGACACUGGCCUUUGGGAUCGGCAUGCAUCAUGCAGGCCUCCAUGAGAGAGACAGAAAGACUGUAGAGGAGCUGUUUGUCAACUGUAAGAUUCAGGUUCUGAUCGCUACCAGCACUCUGGCCUGGGGAGUGAACUUCCCCGCUCACCUGGUUGUCGUCAAGGGAACCGAGUACUACGAUGGCAAAUCCAGGCGCUAUGUGGACUACCCCAUCACAGACGUGCUGCAGAUGAUGGGGCGAGCAGGCCGUCCUCAGUUUGAUGAUCAGGGCAAAGCAGUCAUCCUUGUCCACGACAUAAAGAAGGAUUUCUACAAGAAGUUUCUGUACGAGCCGUUUCCUGUAGAGUCCAGCCUCCUCGACGUGCUCUCUGAUCAUCUGAAUGCUGAGAUCGCUGCAGGAACCAUCUCAUCCAAGCAGGACGCCAUGGACUACAUCACCUGGACGUACCUCUUCAGACGGCUGAUGAUGAAUCCCAGUUAUUACAGCCUAGAAGACGUCAGCCACGAGUCUAUUAACAGGUAUCUGUCCAACCUGGUGGAGAGGAGCCUGCGUGACCUCGAGGGCUCCUACUGCAUCGAAAUUAAAGAGGACGAUCAGUCGACUGAGCCUCUUACCUACGGUCGCAUCGCCUCCUAUUACUACCUGAAGCACCAGACCAUCCGCACGUUCAAGGAGCGCCUCAGGGCGGAGCUACCCAUACACGAGCUGCUCUCUGUGCUCACGGAUGCAGAGGAGUAUGCCGAGCUGCCCGUCAGACACAACGAGGACCAGCUGAACAGCCAGCUGGCUCAGCAGCUCCCCUUGCAGGUCAACCCCCACUCCUAUGAUAGCGCACACACCAAGACCCACCUGCUGCUGCAGGCCCACUUCAGCCACGCCCAGCUGCCUUGCAGCGACUACACCACCGACACCAAAACUGUGCUGGACAACGCCAUCCGCAUCUGUCAGGCAAUGCUGGAUGUAGCUGCCAACGAAGGCUGGCUCGUCACAGCCAUCAGCAUCUGCAAUCUCGUGCAAAUGAUCGUCCAGGGCCGCUGGCUGCACGACUCCUCCUUACUGACGCUCCCACACGUCGAACAGCGACACCUCGGUCUGUUCAGGAACAGGGGAAACAGGAAGGGGCAGGGAGGUUUGGACGAGCCAAUCGAAGGACUUCCUGAGCUGAUCGCUGCCUGUAAUGGAAAAGAAAGCGUCUUCUCUGCUAUGGUGGCCCGAGAGCUUCAUCCGAGUCAGGCUGCUCAGGCGUGGGCGUUCCUGAGCCAUCUCCCAGUGCUGGAAGUUGAGAUGAGCAUGAAGGGCUGGUGGGAGGAGAGCCAGGAGCAGACCGAGCGUCCCAUCCCUGCAGCAGGAGCUAACCUCAGGAAGGAGAGCAGCUGGCUGGACGUCCACGCUGACCAGGAGUAUGUUCUGCAGGUGUCACUGAGACGCCUCAAUCUGGGACAGCAGAGGAGGAGGCAGGACAGCAAGGCCCAAGCUCCCAGGUUCCCCAAGGCCAAGGAUGAGGGCUGGUUCCUGGUCCUGGGGGAGGUGGAUCGCAGGGAGCUGCUGGCUGUGAAACGGGUGGGAUACGUGCGUAACCACACGGCCGUGUCCAUGGCCUUCUACACCCCAGAGAGGACCGGAAAGUGUAUUUACACGCUGUACCUGAUCAGUGACAGCUACCUGGGUCUGGACCAGCAGUAUGAUGUUCACCUGAAUGUAACACCUGCCAGCAUCGCUGCACAGGUCAACAGCGAGGUCUCACAUUCGGUGUCGGAUCUGUCCCUGGGCUAAGGAGCAGAAGUACCUCGGUGUCACGUCGGCGGCGUCUGUCAGUCGACCUUGGAAGUGACGUCGUUUCUUUCUCACGUCCUGUGGCUGUGCUCACCAUGGUGCACCGGUGCCAAGGACGGCCUCAUUCUCAUUCAUUUAACUUUUAAUUGGCAACAUCCAACAAGAGUCUGCUGCUGUUCUUGAUUGGCUGGAUCUUUGUGUGUGGUGUCAGAUAUAUAAGCAUGGUGCACACGUUCUAACAGCAGCUGUUCUGUGUAGCUGUGGCGCUCUUUUGCCUGAAUUGUAGAGAACAUUGUACAGAUGAUACCAAAGCACAUCACCGAACACAAACAGGUUCCUGUCGUGUUUGGGAGGUCGUGAGCUGACAGUAACACAAAGCUGUGUUAAUGUGAGCAUGCUGUAGAGCUUCAGCUCAACAACAGGAUAAUACGUUUGAAUAAAGUGUUUUGUGUGGCUUUAAA